GUGAGAACAGAGGGAGGAGAGAGGGAACUCUCGGUCCUAAUCGUCAGCUUUCUUUUGUCACUGCGAUUCUGUCUGCUUCUUCAUCUGCAGCACACAGGAAAAUAGAAAAACAUUGAAAAGAGUGAGGCAAACGAAGGAAAAAGGAGUGCGAAGCGCAGAAGAUAUUUUCAGGAUUUUCUGAGAGGGAAAUAAGAGACUGACUCAUACGGAGGCGAAAUAAGUGGAUGUGUGGGAAACCAUUUACAAGUUUGAAGACAAACCUGUGAAGAGGAGAGGGUCCAGGAACGGAGAGGACAAAGAGAGUGGGAGAGAGGGGGGACCUGUUCAGUCCCUCAUCCUCAUGCCACCAAACUGUCAUUAUUAGACAGCAACAGGAUAGUCCUAGCUCCACCUGCCUGUCCACCUGCCUCUCUCCCACAUCUGUAUUCUGCAUUUUUUGACACAACAUCUGUAUUGUCAAGCCUUGGAUACAUGUUGUUGGGUCCCAGAAGACGUGACAAGACGUCAGUUUGAGGGUUGUCCUCGACAGCUGUGCCUGUGAGUGAGUGGGUGGAAUUGUCUCCCUCCGCCUGCACUCCGCUGUGUUGGGAGUGUGUGUGUGUGUUUGUGCGCACUGACCGAUGUGUAUGUGAACUCAAUUGCUUGUCUCUGGUUGUUACAAUUGUCUUAGUCAUCCUUCAGCCUCUAACUGGGUUGUUGUUCACCUGUGAGUGUUUGUGUGUAAGUGCGUAGGUGUGUGUGUGUGUGUGACUCUCUUGGGUAUCAUUGGAACUGUAUGUAUGGUGGAACUGUAUGUAUGCACCAGCUCUUGCGUAACAUGUUGCCAACUGCAUGACAUCCUUCCAGAAAGACUUCCACCUUCAUGGACCUGACACGGAAUGGUGCUAAAGGAUUUGCAGUUGCACACCACUGUUUCGCCAUACAUGCAUAAUGAAUGCAUAAGGAUCCAUUAUGCAGGAACUGGAGUCCCCCAGGAGGGCUUGAAGCCCAUGUUAACCUCCUCAGUAGUUUCCUCAAAGGAACAGUGAAGCGCUGUUAGUAAGACCUACAGACCCCUGUUGUCAGCCACCAGUGACAGUGCCUGUCUUGCCUCUCUGUCUGUCUGGAGAGUGACCUCUCUAUUUACAGCCACUUAUUUAUGUCGUAAUCUCUCUCUCUCUCUCUCUCUCCUAUCUUCAACUGAAUCCUGUACGUUUUGGUGUUACGCUUUGAAAGAGGCCAUAUACAAAAUCCAUAGAACCUUCGACCAAUCUCGCUUUAUCCCUCCCUCCAAAAACUCUUACCCUCUGGACCCUGCUCUCAUUGGUCCGUCAUCAUGAUUGGUGUAAACAGCAUCCAUUCAGAUGGGCGAAAUCGCUCCCGCUCUCUUUGCUCUGUGCGUGUUCGGCGGGACUUCAGGGUGAUGGAUCCCUUCCGCUACCCCCGCGCCCCCCGCUCUCGUUCCCUCAAACCCUUAUCCUUUCCUGACCUGCUGGGAAGGUCCCAGGAUGGACAGAACCACCCACAGGCCCGCAAGAAGAAGGCACAGCUUGGAAAAUGCAGGGCCUUGUACAAUUCUAUCAGAAACGAGAAGCUCCAGUGGACCAUCGAUGAGGAGGAGUUGCGCAAGUCCUUCUCCGAGUUGGCCGAUUUGCGCACUGACUCCGCCUCCCACACCAUGAAGCGAAUCGGCAGUGGCCUAGGCGUGGCCCAGAAUCCUGACGCCCUGAUCUAUAAGAAUGGCUUCCUGGUACGGAAGGUCCACGCAGACUCUGACGGCAAGAAAACGCCCAGAGGUAAGAGAGGAUGGAAGACGUUUUAUGUCAUGCUGAAGGGACUGGUCCUCUACCUGCAGAAGGGAGAGUACCGUCCAGAAAAGCAGCUGUCUGAAGAGGAUCUGAAGAAUGCUGUGUCCAUCCACCACUCUCUGGCCAUGAGGGCAGCAGACUACAGCAAGAGGCCCAACGUCUUCUACCUGCGCACUGCAGACUGGAGAGUGUUCCUCUUCCAAGCACCUAAUGCAGAGCAGAUGCAGUCGUGGAUCACCCGUAUCAACGCGGUGUCAGCCAUGUUCUCAGCGCCACCCUUCCCUGCAGCCAUCGGCUCUCAGAAGAAAUUCAGCCGUCCGCUGCUGCCAGGCUCCAACACCAAGCUGUCUCAGGAAGAGCAGGUGAAAUCCCAUGAGACACGUUUCCGGGCCAUCUCCUCUGAGCUGAAUGAGUUAACCGCUGUAAUUCCAGACAAAAAAGCCAAAGUUCGUGAUCUGGAGGAGCACAAGCAACGUGAGGAGUACCUGGAGUUUGAGAAAACUCGCUACGGUACGUACGCCAUGCUACUGAGGGCUAAGAUCCGGAGUGGGGAAGAGGACCUGUCUCUGUUCGAGUCGAGUCUCUUUGACGAUGGGGGUCUCCAGAGGGCCCACUCCAGCCCCACUCUGCGGGAGGAACACAGCAGCAGCAGCCAGGCCAGCAGUGCCAAGAGGGGGGGGCAGCAGCAGUAGUUCCAGCACCAGGGGAAGCAGCAAGACCAAGUGCUCUGAGUCCCAGAGAAACAGCUACAGGAAGGCUGUCAAACAGUGAGAGGGACCCUGGAGGGUGUUGCAGUGGACACGAUGGCUUAAACAAUUGGAUUAUCUGUGUUGAUCGAUAGACGGGGACCACUGGUGUGACUGGAAAAUGAGAUGGAGGAAGAUGAUGGGGGAUAGACCUGUUGCAUGCUUUUAUCCCGACAAACCACAGGCACUGGAUGCUCCAGUGCACUCAGUCCUUCAUUUUACUAUACACAUGACUAACUUCUGUGUGGUCCUAAAUUCUGGGUCAUAUCCACAUUUAUUUUAUUUGAACGUGCUUUUUGGACCAAUUGUUGUUUACAGAGAUCUAAAGAUGACAUGGACUUAUGCCAUUAGAUCUGAUUAUGUUGAGUCGUAGGUUCUUGUCCUCCCUCCCUUCACUGUCUCCAUACUUUACAUCUAUGUGAUUACUGCACACAGCCCACCAACUCCAUGUGUAAAGUGAGUUGCCGUGCCGACCAGCUAGGAUGGACAGAGACGGGGCUGCAUCGGCUCAUCUGACUGUUACCAUGGAGACUAAACGGAGCCAGGGAUCAUUCCGUCCGACCAGAUUGCCAGAACCUCAACCCAACCACAAUGCAUUUGGAGGAAACUGGACUAAUGCUGGGCUCUUCACGAUAGACAUGAUCAAUUGGAAGGAAUACAGCAGGUUACUGGACAUAAUUUAUGAUGCUGCAUGCACAUAUCAAUGUUCUCCAAAGUCUUUGCUAUGAUUUUGUUAUCCUAUGGACUUUUAUUGUGGCAAACUGAACUGGCCUAGAGCCAGGCCCUUCUACUGUAACUGUGAAGCUCUGCUGGAUCUCAUUGUUAUUUCUAAGGACAUUUACACACAUCAGCUAUGGCACCGCCACUACUCCUUGAGUGUUUUGUCUUACUAAUGGGUUGAUGAAGUAGGUUGAUCACACAGACUGGCUGUCUAUCGGCUUAAUGAACUGAAAGAGUAGGAGGACUGCAUGCGUACGAGGAGAUGGAAGACUCACUCAAGAGGACAUGCUUCGCUAUGGUAUCAAGACUAUCCCUUUUUUUUCCCCUUAUGUGAUUCACAUGGUGUUUUUCAUUUGUACAACUGAAAGAAAAAAAUAAACGUGACAGGAGGCUUAGUUUACAGUA